AUGGGGAAGAAUUCAGCCUUUGUAAAGGCUCGUAUCCAAAACUUGCAGCGCCAGAGAGCCCAACGCACUCAACGCUCGAAAGUUGAGCGCAGCAAACGUCUUGCCCAGGAUGAUAGACGAAUUCAGCACGUCGUCAAGCAGUGGGUCCUUCCUACAAAAGAUGAGACAGCCAUGCUGAUGAACCAAUUUGCACAGGCCUGUCGGCUUCCAAAUGCGAGCGCCAGCCUCUGCGCCCUGAUUCAGCACUACGCGGGGAGAGCCGUGGAUGCUCAACCGGUCUCUCCCGAGGCUGCUGGCGCCACCGCGGGAAGUCCCGCGGCGGUUCGUUCGGGCGAUAUCGACUCUCUAAAACAGAUGGCGGAGCUGCUACUCAAUAUACAGGAUACCCCCAUGGCUGACCUCGGCGAUAGAGAGGAUCAAGAGGCGGACACGCUGUCGACGGAAACGGUACUGCAGGACAUCUUGAAAAACGAGUGUGGCAGUCGUGUGGUCACGAUGCUUCUUUCUGCCCUCCAAUGUGUGGAGGCUGGAAAGAGCGUCGCAAAGGCCAUUCUUCAGCAAUUCGAAGCCAAUGAAGCCCUCGUGACACAUCAUGUGGCCUGUAAAGUCCUGACAGCGCUAGUACUGUGGGGGCCGAUGGAUGUCAAGUGUGGAGUCCUGGGGAUACUUCGCGAGAAAAGCGCCGCCGGGAGUGGCAUUGAGCUUCUGAUGGAUCGCCACACCGCCCCGACGAUUGUGCGACUUCUUGAGCACCUGCCCAUGGAAACGAGUGCGUGGCUAUCUGAGGAACUUGAUCUUGGAGGAGAGGGGUCGAUCGACACGAACACUGCUACAGGUGCAGCAGACCGUAAGCGAACGAGAAAUGAGGAGUCCCCUAAAUCCGGUAAGGAUGAGAGUGGUGAUAGAUUCCGUGGCCUCAUCGAACAUCCUGUCUCGUGGCGCAUCCUUGCUCAGCUUGUUCUCCAUAUGCCUAUUGAGAAUCGGUUACGUUUACUCAGCAUGAUGAGUUUUGAUGAGCUUUCCCGGACAAGGCGAGGGACUCGCUUUCUCACAACGCUCCUCAGCACAGACUCAAACAAAGAAAGCAAGAUCAAAAGUUCUACAUCAGCAGCUAUCGCACAGAUGCUGGGAACGAUGGUCGAAAAGUUUGCGACUCUCUUACAGGAAAUGAGCAGGAGCCCACAUGGGAAUUUCGUAGUGCAGAAAUUAAUCCAACUUAUUCCCUUCGUGUGCGGCGAUAACAACAAAAACGCGUUGGAGCUGCUUUCCCGUUUUGUAUGCGUGCUCAACCACAAUGGUGAUCCUGAAGCCAUGCAUAGUCUUGCAUCGCAUUCCAUUAGUGUGCACGUGGUUUGCUCGCUGAUUGACACCGCCCUUUCGUUGAUUAGCUCUAGUAAUGGUGGUAGUGGCAACAACAAGUACCGUGUUGUGGAAGAAAUCGCAAGCUUCAUGACAUCUCCCAGGUACGUUGCCGAUACAAUAUGUGAUCAGUACGGCAGCUUACUUGUACGCCACCUUAUGCCUCUGGUGAAGCAAAAGCAAUCCAAUCUGGGGAAGUUGAUUAACUCUACAAUUUGGCAGACGAUGUCUUCUUUGUUAUACGAUCCUAUAGGAAACCUAGUGGUGCAGGAAUUCUUCCGAAGCAUUGGCGUUGAUGAAGCAUCGAAGUUUACAAGCAAACUUAUGGAGGAAGAAAUUCUGGCCAUGUGCCAGAGCCCGUAUGCUUCACACGUGCUGUUCACUUUACUAGACGUUAUUAACCCCGCCACACGCGUGAAACUUUGCAGCAUUCUUAAGUCCCAUGUAAUGUCCCUCGCCACACAUGUAAACGGUCGCUUCAUUGUAGAACAUCUGGUUGCUGGCAGCCGUGAGGUGCGGGAUGAGUUGGUGCGCCAUUUCUAUACUCUGGCUGGAGAAAAGGGCACCCAGCACGUGCUAUGCACCCUUGUUUCUCACUUAGAUCCUCGUGGCAAGGAGCACGUGAUUCAAAAAAUCAUCGUCCCAAGGUUGUCUGAGCUUGCAAUGCACCCAUACGGAGGUAUUGCACUCCAGAAACUAAUGCAAUCGGAUCCUGACAUUCUUGCCGCGGUAAGAAAAAGAAUAGCACAAGAAAGCACACUGCGCAACGACUUAGCGCAGAAUUUCUACGGGAAAUUCGUGGUGCACAUUGCGGAAAACUAA